CAUCCCGGGAUGCAGCGGCGAUUCCGGGGAUGCUGCUUCCUGACCCUGCGCUCUGCCGGGGGUGCGGCAGUGCCCUGGGGUCCUGCUGGAGGCGUAGAACAGAGUUACCUGACAUAACCAGCUCUUAGCUGGUGCUCUAGGUGGCUGUUUUCAACAUUAAUCUGUGCUGCGUAAGAUAUGUAAGUGUUUCUUCCGCGAAGCCUCGGCGAAGUGUGAUUCGUUGUGAUCGUUUUAAGUGCUGCAAAGCACGUGUUAUUUUCCUCUUGCCUUCCUCUCCCGUGUUUCUCACCAUCCUUCUCUUCCAGGGUCCUGUGCCAUGGCUGAUCCCUCGUCCACAUCCGACCUUGCAACCCUGGCUCUGUGUCAUGUCGAUAGAUCUUACUUAGAACUGGGUCAUGGAACAUUUGGUCAGACAGUGCUGCCUAAUCCUAAAACAGGUGUUAAUCCCUGUGAAGUUUGGUGCAAUCAGCCUGUGGAGAGAUUAAGGGAACACUGCAACGUGAUUAAAAUCCAGAUGCUUUGGCCUCUUCUCUUCACCCAGGAAAGCAUUUCUUUCCAAGAGGAAUUUGGUUUGCUCUUUCAGGGGUGGCGUCUGUGGAAGACAAUGUCUGAGUGUAAUUUUGUGGAAGACCUUGCUGAUUUAAUUAAAAAAGUUGUUAACAUUCCACACUUUAUCAGUGGCAUUUUGAGGAUUGGCAAUGGGAUAGAAAAUGGUUUCUUUGACAUCGAGGAGGCAGUGGAUUGGAUCAGGUGUGUGGGUGAUGCCAACGUUCUGCAGGGCCUGGAGGAACUCAGGGAUUUUCGCCGGCUUAAACUUGCCACUGUUUUUACUCAGUGGGAACGUUCCAUUAUUAAAGUUGCAUUGGAAGAUUGUGAUUUAGUUGAAGAAUUGAAAGCUCAGACCUGUGAGAGCUCCAGGAAGGAGAGUGAAUUUAUGAAACAGAGAGGAAAUGAAGUAUUUUCCCGUGGAGCCUUUGUUCCUGCUAUAAUCUCAUAUACCAGAGCCAUAGAGCUUUGCCGUACAAACCACCUUCUGUAUGGAAACAGAGCUCUUUGUUUCAUUCUCACAGGAGACUACGAGAGAGCUGUCGUUGAUGGGAAAAGAGCCACUGUUUUGAAGCCUGAUUGGCCAAAGGGUCACCACCACUACUGCAAGGCCCUGUCCCUGCUGGGGAGGCACGAGCAGGCUCUGGAAGCAAACGAGAGAGCUCAGGAGCUCUGCAGGAACGUCCCCGACGGGCUCAAGGAACUUGUUCAGCAGCAUCACAAGCUGAAAAGGACCUUAGAAGAAAGUAAUGGUACUAAACAACGUAAACAGAAGGCAAAGAAGUCUCUGCUUGAGAAAAAGGACUGCAGCUCUUCAAAAUCUCACAGAGUAACCUCUCAGGAACAAAAAGAAUUAGAAAAGAUCAGAAAGAGAACUCAGACUGAUCCUAAAGGUCCUCAAAAACACGAUCCCAAGAUGACUGACACCCAAAGACCAGAAAGCAAAGUUUCCACGCUGGAGUUGCCACAAAACCAAAGUCAUCAAAACAAACGAAAGCAAAAACCCAAACCUGGUGACUCUGAAAAAAUGAGGGAUCACCUUGAUUUGAAGAGAGAGUCUAAGGCCAUGGAAGAUAAAGGCCUCUGUGCUGUGCCACAGAUGGAUUUCAAUACAGAAGAUGUAAAAAACCCCAGGAACAAGGGAUUUACAGCCUCCCUGGAGGAGUGUCCCAGUGAUAAACCCACCCUUCUACCCACGUUGAGAGCUUUAGGUGCUGCAGAACGUGAGGUAUUCCAGGUGGAUUUUAAUGCCUUGCCAGAAGGUGUCACGUCCCUUGCUCGUGAUGGUUGCACAGCCUUGAUGGACCAGCAGUGUCACAGUGCAGAACAGGCCUUCUCACAGCUGCUCAGCAUUCUGUAUACUUCAGAAUUUAGGUGUCUGAAUAUUCAUAAAAUUAAUUAUGCCAUAAUCAUCUAUGGACAUGCCACUGCCCUCCUGGGAAUAGGACAACCUGAGGCAUUGGCAAAAGCUGAAGACCAGUUUAAGAAAAUAAUUGAAGAAUACCGAGAAGAAAGAUGCUUUUGUUUGGCACACUAUGGAAUUGGGAGGGUUUACCUCAGGCAAAACAGAUUUGCUCAUGCACUCGAUCAGUUCCUGAGAUCAAAGCUGAUGAUUGAUUUGAAGAUUGUCCCGGGGGUGUUGACGUGGCCGGCGACAACUCGGGUCAUCGAGGAGACUCAGACAGAGAGUUUGCAGAUGGCUUUAAGGAAUUGUAUUGAGCAGUGCAAGUUCCCUCCAGAACCAGAUGCUGUCUGUCGGUAUCAGCAGUGCCACGGCCACUCCAAAAUCCAGAUAUUUUUUACAGACCCAGACUUUAAGGGUUUUAUACGUGUUAUUUGCUGUCAGCAGUGCAGGGUGGAGUUUCAUAUGAGCUGCUGGAAAAAGUUGAAAACGACGAGCUACAGUGAUAAAAAUGAUAAGGAUUUCCUUAAGGAAUUGUGUUUUACUCCCGAUUGUAAAGGCCUUAUUUCAAAAAUAACUAUUUUCAGUUCUUCUGGUGCAGUAAAAUGUGAAUUUGAACUAAAAAUCACAAAACCCAAGGGACCACCAAGGGCCUGUAUUAAACAGAGAUGUUCAAGUAUCAGGAAGUUAAAAACGAAGCAAGAGAAAAAACUGCGGAGAAAACGCGCGCGAGAAGAGGCUCGAAAUUCCGCUCGAAAGGAAGCAGAGGAGAGCCAGGAGGGGAAUGAAGGGUCCCAGCACAGUCAGAACAGCGGUUAUGGCCAAGAUUUCCAUGCUGGUGACCGGGUCCUGCAGCACAUCAGUCGGAAUUCCGAGCAGAUCCAGACAGCAGUGGGUGAUGCUGCCAAGUUAUUAAAGGAAUUACUGUCCUGGUUUGUCAUCAGCCAGGAGGAUUACACCUCAUAUUCCCAAACCAGCAGCACAUCCAAGGAAGUGAUGGAGCAGCUCAUCAGCCACUUAAUUCAGGAAAAAAACCGGGUCAAAACCAGGGGGUUCAUCCACGUGCUGAGCGAGCUGGAAGGGGUGGAUCCCAAAUUACUCAAGUGGCUGAAACAUCUGAAUAACUUGGGUCUGACAGCCACAAAAAACUUCCUCCAUCAAUAUGAACAAUUAUUGCAAGAGCUCGACUUCUCUGUUUUAGCCCCGCUCUGGAACCAGAAGUAUGGCAGGAAAUUUGAUUAUGUGACAACUCCUGAAAAGCAAGAGAUUUGUGAUUAUUUCUUAAAACCCCCCUUAGAGAAAACCCGUUGUUUUAUAUGGCUUUUAGAGGACCACAGAGAACAUUUCCCGUUCCUUCAUCAAGCUUUAGAUGAAUUCUUUGAUAAAAUGGAUGACCCAACCAUUAUAUUAAAGAAGCAGGGAAAUGAAAAUAUAUCAACUAAUGAUAUCAAAGUUAAAAACAAAAACAGGAAGAAGAACUUGAAAGACUCGAGGUCUAUUUUAGUAUUAUCCAGUGGAGUUAGUACAGCCCCACGAGAAGAAGAGAAGAUAUUUAUAGAAGAAGAUAAUUUAUACACAGAUUUUACAAAUGAACCAUUUUUAAUCCCAGAGUAUCUCCAGGAGCAGCUGGAGGAAUUUGAAGCUCUCUAUGAAGUUUCAAAUAGUAACAGUUAUAAUAAUCCAGAUCCAAUCUCUGAGAGUUUAUAUGAGUAUUUCACUCAAAUCUUGGACGAGCAUGGCCCUCUGGAAAUUAAUAAUAAAUUACUAGUUGGGGAAUAUGAAAAUUUCCCUGAAGAAACUCGAAAGGUCGUGGAGGAUCAGGGUGGCCUGGAACCUUUCCUUCUGAAAUCCCUUCGUUUCAUUAUGGUGGAUAAUCUGAUUUGCUUAAAGAAGCACUCGGUCUUCUUUGAGGGAAAUACAAACAGGAAUGAAAAUUAUACAGAUGGGAAUGUGCAAGGGAGUCAUUCCCAGAAAAACCUCCGGUUAAACCCAGAUGCUGAGGAAUUCAAGCCCCAGUCCUACCCUGUUCAACCCCAUAUUCCACCAUCACCUGAUUUAAGUUAUGAGACUCUGCAAUAUUUGCCCUAUUCUUCCUUCCCUGCUUCCUGUAGAUCCAGGAAUUCCUUGCAAAGCCAGAGCAUCGAUUCCAUGGAAAACAAGUCGUCGUUCGCAGACGUUUUACUAAAAAACCUGGAUUCUACAAGUCCCAUAUUUUUGCCUCUGACUUCCUGGGGUUACCAGUAUGGGAGGAUAUUGCCUGUGCCUUCUCCAGUGCCUGUCCUGCCACAUGUUGCCAGGCAGCCUGGUUAUAUCUAUGCUGAUCCUGCAGCUCCUCAGGAUAAUCAGGAAUCAGCAAUUCCAGUCAGAAAAUACAUCCCUGAUGAUUUCAUCCCAACUGAAAUCCAAACGUGUGAAGACCCCAGGGGCCAGUUGGAGAACUCGGAUAAAGAGAAUUUGGCUGCUCCAGGGAGUUCAGAUGAAGCUGAAAAUGGUAAAAAGGUUAUUAAGGUGGAAAAAGGAAGCAAAAGUAAACCUGGAAUGAAGAGCAACCCCCAUAUAAGGAUGGUGGCUGUUCAGGUCAAUCAGGAAGUAGCUGAUAGGGAAACCAACACUUUGCCUUUCCAUCCAUUUGAAAAUCAACAAGGAGAUAUUCUGCGUGUGGAAAAGGAGCAUCAGGUGCUGAAAGAACAACUGAAAGAGGCAGAGGAGAAAUUUGAGCAGCUGCAGAGCCGAAAUUCAGAGGAAAUCAGUGCUUUGGAAGAGCUCCUGAGGAAAAGUGUGGAAGAGACUGAGGUCUCCCAGAAUGAACUGGAUUGGUUUCACCAGGACUCGGAAGCACAGGGGAAGAAAUGGCAGCAGGAGAAAAAAGAGAACCGAGACAGCUUAAAAGCCCUGAGGAGCACGGCCAAAAAACACACAGACACCAACGAGAGGUAUUUGAAGACCAUUGAUGACAAGGAAAAGCAAUAUAAUGUGUAUUUAAAUACAUUUCUGGACACCAGUAAUAAAUUUGCUAAUGAGAAAGUAAAAUUGGAAGAGCUUAUAAAAAAGAGUCAAGAUGACUGCCAGGAGUGUGUGAAAAGAGCUGUUAAAGCAGAGAUCUCAGUAUUCCAGAACUGGAAGGAAAGUGAAGUUUGGAAGCUCAGUGGCACCAUUUCCAAAGCAGAAGCAAAUCUCAAGAUGCUGAAGACACUGAGCAGCAACUCAGCUUCAGCAGCACCUUUGUUGAAGUCACAGAUUGAAUCCUGGGAAACUUUUAUUUCCAAUGUAAAGAAACAGCUGGAAAAAGUAGAGACAAUCCCAGCCAGACCUUUGGUCAGUGAUCCAGCCAUUGUCACCUAUUCCUUGGCAUCUGCACAUCCCAGUUCACUUCCUGCAUUUUCCAGUCCUGAAGGUCAAGGUCCAACACAACCAUCCCUCCAAACCCAGGCUGGAGCUAAGGCAGCACAUGCCACUGCUGAGGCUUCUUCUGCAAGUGGUGGAUCCGUGACAACACAUCCCCAACCUCCAGAGGGAUCAUAUUCCAAUAAACUCCCGUCACCUCACCCGUCAGGGAUUUCUGGAAGUGCCACUCAGCCAACCCAGAACCACCAGGAUGCCUCAGCUCUGCAACCAAGGCCUCCUGCACUUCCAAACAACAAAAAGCUUCCAAAAGCACUGGGAAAUAUUAUUGCACAGCUCCAGAGCAUAUUCCCAAACUACAGCAGCUCCUAUUUCACUGGUUUUAUAAGAGAGGUCCAGAGAAGAAAUGGGAACACCCUGUCAGGUCUGAGCUCAGAUGAGGUUCUGAACCGAGUGACGGAGCUGAUCCUGGACCAGCAGAGCCAGGCACCAACUUCAGCAGGGAGAGUCUCUGCUCCACCAGCCCCGACCGGAACACGGAGUCGGGAAGCGGCUGCAGAAGGAAAUGCCCCCAGUCCCUCCAGAGCAGGACCUGCACCUAAAACCACCUCAAAUAAAAACCCAAACCUCCAGCCCUGGGGGAAUGUUGGAGCAAUACCUAAAGCUAAAUGGAAAAAGCAGGACAGUGCAGCCUCCGGCGAGGAUCCCUGCACGAUCUGUCACGAUGAGCUGAGCAGAGACUCGUGUGAACUGGAGUGUGGGCAUCAUUUUCACAGAGAAUGCAUCAGAACGUGGCUCAAGGAACAUUCCAGCACCUGCCCCAUCUGCCGUGUCCACGCCCUCCUUCCUGAAGACUUCCCUGAGCUUCCUGCAUGGAACAAGUGCACCUAGUCCUGGCUUUAUUUCAACACUUUAUAGUAAUAAUCAUCAUCAUAAUCAUCAUGAUCAGAUGCAAAGUGGCUGCAGAGUAACCCCAGAGCUGAGGGACAGCACCAGACCCCUGGUUUUAUUGGCAGUGGUGACAGAGCUCAGGCUGAGUUGGGAUUUAACACUUGGCAUUAAGGCCCAGACUCCAAGAUCCAGCACUUUUCCUGGAUGCUGCCUGAACGUGGGAAGCUGAUGUGGUUCAGGGCUGGCAGCACACAAAACUGGCCUUUGUUUGAUUUUUAUUUUUUUUUAUUUAAUUGAAAAGUAGCGAAUCUAUUUUAUCUGAAAGGCCAGAGCAUAAUUCCCGUGAAGAGGGAGCUUUCCCUCAGGUUUAUUCCACACUGAAACUUAAAUUCCAAUAUCAAACAAGCAGGAGACCCAAAUGCAGAACUGGAAGAGCCAAGAUAUUCCCUUCCUCUGGCAUCAACAAUUCCAGUUGAACUGCAGGAUUCCAGUCAGGCCCUUUGGAGUGCAGUUCAUCCCUGCACCUCCUCCCUCUGCAUAAAUUCAAACUGUUUAAAUACUGACUUUUAGUAAUUUAUUGAAGCAAGAAUUUUAAAGUGUUCAUGUGAAUGGAGCUGGAGUACAGUGGAUCCAUUCUUUAAUGGAUUCUUUAAUUCAAACCCUCAAAAUAGGGUUUGAAUUCCCCCCCACUGUUGAAGAGCUGAUCUGUUCAAAUGGGAAUGACAGGAUUUUUAUUUUGGCUGAAGCAACAUCUGUAUUUUGUGCAGGAACUGGUCACCAGUGAGGGGCAGAAUUUAAACAGCUCCAAGAAUGGUUUUCCCACUGCCUUCAGAGUCUGAGCUUGCCAGAGCACCUUCAGCACUGUCACAUUUGCCUCCAAGAGCCAAAAAAUGAGGAGUAGAGACUGAAAAUCUCAAACUGAAAAUCAACUGUGGCUGUUGUCUGAAUCCAGGCAGCAUUCACUGGAUUAUGAGCUCAUUAGCUAAUUCUAGGGAUCACUUGUUCCCCCCAGUGAUAAAUAUCCUCCAGCUGAAGUUUUAAACUACUCUGUGAUUAAUCAGUGUAUGAAUUGGCACUUGAAUAAGAAAUUAAAAUUACUGCUGCAGCUCA